GGCACGGGUGGAACGAUCUCAUCCCUCCUUUCCCGUCUUUUGUAGUCAAGGAAGAAGAAAGAUGGCGCCUACACAUGUACUGAGAUGCUGCCAGCGGGGUCUGGCGUGGAUACCGGUGAUAUUUAUUGCCUUAGUUGUGUGCUGGUCAUAUUACGCUUACGUGGUGGAGCUAUGUCUACUUACAAUUACCAACACUGGUGAAAAAAUCAUCUACCUGGUAGUCUUUCACCUGUCGUUCAUCAUGUUUGUGUGGUCUUACUGGAAAACCAUCUUUACAAGACCAGCCAACCCUUCCAAAGAGUUCUGUCUACCCAAAGCUGAGAAGGAGCAGUAUGAGAAGGAACAACGUCCAGAGACCCAGCAUGAGAUCCUGAGGAGAGUAGCCAGCAGUCUGCCCCUUUACACCCGCACGGGAGCUGGAGCAAUCCGUUAUUGUGACCGCUGCCAAGUGAUCAAACCAGACAGAUGUCAUCAUUGUUCUGCUUGUGACAUGUGUGUACUGAAGAUGGAUCAUCAUUGUCCGUGGGUGAAUAACUGUGUGGGUUUCUCCAACUACAAGUUUUUCAUCCUGUUCCUGACCUACUCACUUAUUUACUGCUUAUUCAUAGCAGCCUCCGUCCUCCAGUACUUCAUAAAGUUCUGGACACUUUGCCGGAGGAAAUCGGCAGAAAAUUGUCCAAAGAGUGACCAGACAGUGUCGCACGCCAAAUUCCAUGUCUUGUUUCUCUUUUUUGUGGCGGCCAUGUUCUGCAUCAGCAUACUUUCGCUCUUCACAUACCACUUGUGGCUUGUGGGAAAAAACAGGUCCACCAUAGAAGCGUUCAGAGCUCCUGUCUUCAGAAAUGGCCCUGAUAAAAAUGGAUUUUCCCUGGGAUUCAGUAAGAACAUUGCUCAGGUGUUUGGAGACCAGAAGAAAUACUGGCUGCUUCCUAUCUUCACCAGUCAGGGAGACGGCUUUUCUUUCCCCACACGGCUUGUGACUAUUGAUCCAGAGCAGCAGCACACUGAAUGUCUUCAGCCUGAGGUGUUGGAUAAAGGUGCUGUUGAUGGAUGUGUAGAGCAAACCAGCCUUACGAGUGAAUCACAAAACCGCCUGCUCGCCAAUGAUUACCACAGUGAAGAAGUUCACAAGGAGAUUGAUGUGUUAAAAUCUGAUGAAAGUGAGGCUGUUACUAUCUCCAUUGAGAGCGAGUCAUAGCCACGUAGGCCAUUUCAACUUCAGCACCGAUCGAUUGAUUCUCCCUAGGAACGAAGCCGGCGAGGGGUGGUCCCCUGUGCUCUCGUGCCUUUGACUCCCAGUACUGGGGACUGUUGAUGAGAAUCACAGCCAUCAAAGCUGAUGCCUUAAACAUUUUUGCUGUGAAACCCUUUCCUGUGCCCAUUGCUUAUGGAGGGGCCCACAUUACAACUGUCCUUUACAUCAACUCCCCAAUCGGCAGUAGCAGCGUCAUUCGAGAUUGCACGACUCUCUUUGCAAACUGGUUGGUUGCUUGCACAGACCCUCACAACAUGCAUAUUCCUCAACCUUGCAUGUGAAUUGAAAACAUGUUUACCUAAAAAUACAGCAGUGCUGCUCCACAGCCCUCAGUCAACCCAACGCAGCUGCCAAAAUUUGGUACCAACUGCUGUUUACAUGAGGGACAAACAGACACAAUCAUGACUUCUUCUGGAUCUAUGUUGUUACUGAGUAUGAAAUGGUCAAGGAUUCAAUGGAUGGCGUCAAGUUGAUGAUGAAGAAUGGAGAGCACAAGAUGGCUGUCUACAGUGUUGGAAUGUAUUCUUUUAAAACUUCAUUUAAUCUUUUUUUUAAGGAUGUAAACACAGCUGUUCGCAAAGUGCAAAGAAGUGUGACCAGGCACAGGAUGCCUGCAAAAGACUGAAACGAUCCUUGAUGUUUUGGUAACGUUUUAUUGUUUUCUGAUGUGAAAUCUUGGCCAGUUUUCAUAUGCCAAAUAAAGGGCUUAAAACCAGAGCUCUGAGAUUCACAGGAGUGUUUACAAAAUGUUAGUAAUACCUCUCUGCUUUGGCAGUGUAGCUUGUGUCAUCUUGAAAACCAAAUGAAACUGUGGUGUGACCUCGACUUACUUUUAGGUUUACAGACUGGCCAGCAGGCGGCACUAUUGACACUAUUAAUAUUAAUUCAAACUUUUGGAGUCGGUGGUCUUGUGUAUUGUAUCACCAUACACUCAAUCUGCAACGGAUGUUUUUUACCAUUCCUUUUUCUUCUAUAUGUGAAUGUUGUUGAUGGCUCUUCUUGGAUUCUUUAGAUACAGAAUCUACGUUCUUUAAUGCCUUUUUGGCAAAGCGAUAAAAGUGAUAUGUUCGUUUAUAUUUGUCGUAAUUUAUCCUCGGUGAACUUUAGUCCAGUGUGGAAUAAUUGUGCCCGUCUGAUGUGACUUGUAGUGUGAUCAUAAGUGGAAACCGAUGUGUGGAAAGCUGAUGUGUUUAUGUGCUACAAAGUGAAAUGCAGUGAUUGCUGCCUUAUGUGCUUUGUGUUCUGAAGUAUCUCGAAAACCACCAAGCAAACAAAACGGUGUUGAUGUUGUAGAGCAUUUGAAGGCUAUGUUGUCAUUAAUGGCAUUUCUGGAAAACUUUGGUGUGUAAAAUCUGACCUAUAGUAUGAUUUUUAAGUAUUAUCAGAUUUGAAAUCGGUGCUUUUGUUCUUAAAGAUAUUUGUGAGUGUUUAUGAGAAGAUCUAACAUGAAUCCACUUCAUCUUUGCUCACACAUUGUUUUCUUUCUGCUGCUGAAGAUUGCAUCAUGUUCAAGAUAUUUCUGUACGAAAUGGUUUAGCAGGUUUUAUUGAAUGCACAUAGCGGUGUAGAUGGGUUUAGAGAUAUUUGUUUAGUUUAUUGUUCUUUAGGGAAAGUGUACUUUAAAUAAAAAUUACUAGGGAUGCACAGAUAUAUCUGUAUUGGCAGAUAAAAGCACAAUUAGAAAGUGAUUGCUUAAAAACAUACAAUCAGGCCAAAUUAUAUCCUGGAAAAAACUCUUUAGAAUUCAUUCUGUCUGAUUAUUUUAAAUUGGAUGCUUUGCACUUUUAGGAUUUCAAACAAGGGGUAAAGAGCAAAACUAUCGGUAUCUAUCAGUAUCACAAGUCGUCAUUCUAUUGAAUAUUGGUUUUGGCACAGAGAUUUUGUAUUGGUGCAUCCAUAUGAAUUACAGAGCCUUGACAUCAUGUAUAAAAAGCUGCUUUGUUGAUGCCUUGACUCUGCCUGGAAGCAUGGCCCUGAAACCAUUCUUAGGUUAUUUACUGCAAUUCAUUACCUCUUUCAUUACCUUUUAUACUGAAUAAUAGAGGAGUAAACAUAAAGCCAUAAUGAAAUAUAUAAAAACUGUUUUUGUUUUUUAUUAUUUACACAUUUCUGUUACAAAAUACCUUCACUGCAUGUCAAGUACAAUUAUCUGUUUGAUCUACUUGAUGUGCUCUGAGGUUUUGUUUUAAAUUCAUGUUACAAAAAAUGUUAACAGAAUGACAUUUUUUUUAUUUAACUUUCCUAUUUUGUUAAUGAAGUACAUGCUUAUAUGUAAGAAGAAACAAUAAAUGUUCUUUUAUAUAAACCUGUCCACUGU